AUGACACAACCCCCCCAACGCGCCCCAGCCAAACACACCGUCCCCAAGAUCUCCGCCCCCAAACCACCCGCAGCCCCAUCUGCCAAGCAACCCGCAAAGCCCAAGAAAGAAAAGCGAUACCCCUUCGACUCGCACCAAGACGACAUCGUAGUCAACACCACUGAACUCGAUACCGCUCCCGGCUUCAGGAGAGGUAUAGUGGACUACCGGCAUAAACUCACGCUGAAGAAGACGUAUGCGCAUAUCACGACGGACUAUGCGGAGGAUAUGAAGAUGACUAUUCCGAAGGAUGCGGUUACGCCGCUUGGGUCUGAGACAUUUGGGGAUGGGGAUGGGGAUGGGGAUGACGAUGAAGAUGGAGACGAGGAUGAGAUGACCAGCGCCAACGCCAACAACCCCAAGUCCAAGCGCGACGAACGUACCUACGUGCCCGAAGUCAGCGACACGAUCAUCGACUACACCAAGCUGCCCAGACCGCGAUGCAACCGCCCUAACUACGUGGAAUAUAUCUACCGCGCUACAACCACCAACCCCGCUGUCUUCCUCGCUAUCCUGCGUGUCGCAGAGAGGAAUCUGCCGUUUAUAAAUUUCGACUCGGCGAUUACGCAUUUACCCAAUUUACUGGCGAAUGCGAGGCUUCCUGGUAUACCGGCCCUCUUAGCUCUGUCGCUCGAUCCAACCAAACCCUCCAAACCCUCCGCACCGUCCGAAUCCCAAAACCAGCCGGGGAAAAAGAAAGCCAACCAGCCCGCUUUCACCGAAGACACACCCCACGAGAAGAAAGAGGCAGAUAUACCGAUGACAAUCCUCUUCCUACCGAACCUAUACGAAGACGGGCGCCACGCGCUCGGGUACUACGCCCUCGCUCCUGAAGCAGACCCAGACACUAAACAACUUAACCCCGAAGACGUUGUGCAAAUCCUCUUUACGCCGUGCGGCAUAGCCGAUUUGGUGGAAGCGAGAUUACUGGAGUGGACGCCUAUUGAUCCUGAUCUUAAAGCACGGGCUGAUGAGAAGAAGGGUAAGAAGGGUGAGGAGAUGAAAGGGGGGGAUGGCGAGGGGGCUGGGGAUGGGAAGGAGGGGGAUACUGGCCAUGUUGGAGACGAAGAAGAAGAGUUGACUGUUGAGUACAUAGAGCAUGUGGCUGCGAGGGGAGGAGAGUGGUUAGAGAGGGAUGUAGUGGGGGAUUGGGAGGAGUGGUGUAGGAGUUUUAGGGUUGCGAGGAGGGUUUGGGAGAAGGUGCUUAAGGGGGUUGUGGAAGUUAGGGAGGUGGAGGAUGUGAAGGAGGAGGUUGUGGAAUGA